AUGGAUGUCACCCGCAGCACUACACUCAGAGCAGCUGCCUUCAUCGAGCAUGGAGCGGAUUUGCCAGGUUCCCAGCCCUCAGAGAGUGGAACCGGACUGCGCGAAAGUGCUGCCCAGGUGCGUGCUGCUGCCGGUGCCGGUCGUGAGGCGGAUGUUGCUGCGGCAGUCUUCCGGCUAGCCCAGCAAAGCCUGGUGCCUCCCUUCACUGCGGAUUCAGCAGAGUUCGCUGCCGCCGCAUGCGCUGCUGUGGCUGGCUUGUCUGAUCCGGAUCUACUUGGAAAGGAGAUCGGGCGCUCUCACAUCUUGCGGGUGCUGGAGGAGUUGGCCAGGCAUGUUGAGACAUACCAGCCGUUCGUCUUCAGCUUCUUGUCGCGGACGGGUUACGGCCGGAUCGCAGGUCUCGACGAGGUCGCCCGGCGGAUGCAGGUCGCUCUCUCUUCCAGCUCUGUUUGGCUUCUUGCAGCCUUUUGCCGAGCAGUUGGCUGUCGCUGCUUCUCUUCAGAGAUGCUUUGGGAAUGGGCAAAUGGCGAUUCGCUGUUCAUAGGGCUCCUGGUCCGAAACACCCUGACGCUGGAAGCGCUUUCUGAAUCGGUGCCGGAGACGCCGCUUCAGAGCCUGCUGAUACCUCCCGAUUUGAAUGCUCUACAGACAGUGGUUGUUCGGGCAUUUCUUGGACUCACCAGACCUGACAUCGCGUUUGCGGAUGUGAUUCCGACGCGUGUGGAGUAUCAUGGCACCCUCGAGGUGCCGGCACCCGCUCUUCAGUUUGCACGACACUGGUCGCGCCUGGCAGUCGCCACCAUAGAGACCGGACUCGUUCCCCUGCUUCUCACUGCCGCAGAAGGCGCUGUGUGCGAAACAAAAUUGCUGUUAUCGGCAUUUUUGGGAAGAUUGCUGAAUGCGGCCUUGCAGGAUCCAGGGAUCCACGAAGGGGCCGAAGAAUUACUGCAGGCAUGCCAUGUCGCUGCAGCUCAUCUCCGUGAUGUGUUGAACCACGUCUGCCAUGCGAACAGGCUCUGGAAGAUUUUGUGCGACAUUUUGCUGGAGAUUGGGCUUGUGCGUAGCUUCCUGCGUGACUGCUCGGAACUGGCGCUGGCCACGCCCGGCCAAAACGUGGCUGCUUUCUUGCAAACGGCAGCUCUGCAGGAGGAGAUGGACCUAGCUGCCAUGCCGGUGCUCUGCUGCAUCGCGGCCAACGCGCACCUGGUACCCUCACAGGUCGCCGAGUUCACGAGGCGCGUGCUGGAGCUUGAUGACAAGGAGCGGUGCAUCGUGGUCCGGGAGCUUGACGGAUGGAGGGGGCCAGUGGUAUCGGAUACGAAGGCUGCGUGGUUGGCGCUGCUGCGUGCAGUACCGGCACCUCCAGUGGGAGAUGCACCUCCAGCUCCACCACCCACGCCGCUGCAGAUGCCUCAGCGGCGGGUUCUGGCCAUGGGUGGUCUGGAGGAGCUUUUCGUGGAAGCGCCGGUGAAUAUGUCCUGUGCAUUGGAUGGCCUCCUACUCACGGACCCUGUGAUCUCUCCGCAUGGACAUGUCUUUGACCAUGCCUCCCUGGCUGCUGCUCUGGCGCAGAAUGGCGGGCUCUGCCCGUUCACGGGUAACCCCCUCAGAGUGGACAUGUGCAUACCAGAUGCGGAUCUACGCAGUUCCUGCUCCCGCCGCAUCAAAAGCUGGGCUCGGGCCAUGCUGCGGGGAACAGCCUCCAGAUGCUGA